UUUGACCAGGUGGGCGGGCUGGACUCGUACAUCGAUGCGCUCAAAGAGAUGGUGUUCCUGCCGCUGGUCUACCCGGAGCUGUUUACGCGCUUCAGCGUGCAGCCACCGAGGGGGGUGCUGUUCUACGGACCGCCUGGCACGGGCAAGACGCUGGUUGCCCGUGCUCUUGCCGCCCACGCUAGCCGUUACGGCGGCCGCAAGGUGUCGUUCUACAUGCGGAAGGGCGCCGACGUGCUGAGCAAGUGGGUGGGCGAGGCCGAGCGGCAGCUGAGGCUGCUGUUCGAGGAGGCGCAGCGCAACGCACCCGCCAUCAUCUUCUUUGACGAGAUCGACGGACUCGCACCGGUCCGCAGCAGCCGCCAGGACCAGAUCCACAACUCCAUUGUGUCGACCCUGCUGGCCCUCAUGGACGGCCUGGACAGCCGGGGCCAGGUGGUGGUCAUCGGGGCCACUAACCGCCCGGACGCACUGGACGGGGCGCUGAGGAGGCCCGGCAGGUUCGACCGGGAGCUGCUGUUCCCGCUGCCGGGAUUGCAGGCGCGCCGCUCCAUCUUGGAUAUCCACACUCGCAAGUGGUCGGAGCGGCCUAGCGCUCAGCUGCUGGACGAGCUAGCCGGGUUGUGUGUGGGGUACUGCGGGGCGGACCUCAAGGCCGUCUGUGCUGAGGCCGCGCUGCACGCCGUGCGCCGCAGGUACCCGCAAAUUUAUGCAUCUGAGGAUAAGCUGCUGGUGGAGCCCGCCUCCGUGCGCGUG